GGAUGGUCGUGCUCUUGUAGCAGGAGGAAAAUCAAACUUUCUUCACCUCUGGUGCCUGAAUGCCAGGCAACUUCAGCGGAUCAUUCAGAUGCCUCCUAAAGUGCGAAGUAUUCGACAUCUGGAAUUUCUGCCUGACAGUUUUGAUGGUGGAUCAAGCCAGGUCAUUGGAGUCUUGAGUCAGGAUGGCAUCAUGAGGUUUCUCAAUAUCCAGACCUGUAAACUGCUUUUUGACAUCGGAAGCCUUGAUAAUGGAAUUAACACUGCGGCAAUCAGUUCAAAUGGACAUUACAUUGUAGCGGUCUUAGAGGAUGGCAGCAUUAACAUUUAUAGUGUUAAGGCUUUGUCACAGGAAUUAAAUAAGCCUCCUCCUCCACUGGUUAAAGUUGUGGCAGACAGUGAGAAGACCAAGGAUUCUCAAAAUCAGAAUCAUGUCUCUGGCUUGAAACUAAGAGUGACAUCUGGAAAAGUUGGAAGGCCUUUGAGAGGACUAUCAACUGGAAAGAAAAUCCAAACCAGGGUGUUAAAAUCAUCUGACAACAUUAUGGACGAUAAAGAGAACGUGCUUCCAGCGGGCCUAAAUAAAAAGCGGCUACAGGCCUUGCUGAAAGAAUUUGGAGAAUAUCCAGAGAAGUACAGGAUGUUUAUUUGGCGGUCUUUGCUGCAAUUGCCUGAGAACCACGCAGCAUUCAGUAGCCUCACUGACAAAGGGACACAUGCUGCAUACAUGGGAAUUCACGAAAGAUAUCCUAUCAAAAGUCAAAAACUUUUAAGAAUUCUUCGAAGGGUUUUGUCAGCCAUGGCUCACUGGUCAGCUAUCUUCGCUGAGGUCUCCUACCUUCCACUGCUGGCAUUUCCGUUUGUCAAACUUUUUCAAAACAACCAGUUAAUUGGAUUCGAAGUUCUUGCCACCAUAAUAACAAACUGGUGUCAACACUGGUUUGAAUACUUUCCAAAUCCUCCAAUAAAUGUCCUCUGUGUGAUUGAGAAUAUUAUUGCUCAUCAUGACAAAGAACUUCUGCAUCACCUAGUGAAAUACAACAUAACCACACAGUUGUAUGCCUGGCCUCUAAUGGAAACACUUUUCUCAGAAGUGCUAACAAGAGAUGAAUGGCUUAAACUAUUUGAUAAUGUUUUCUCUAAUCAUCCAUCCUACCUCCUGGUGGCAGUAGCAGCCUAUUUAAUUUGUUCACGAACUCCUUUGCUCCGAUGCAAUAUUAAAGAAGACCUUGAGCAUUUCUUCCAUCAACGUAACAACCUGGACCUAAGCGCUGUGAUCAAAGAAGCAUACCACCUCAUGGAGACGACACCUGAGGAUAUCCACCCUAAACGCAUGUUGGAUGACUUUGUACCAUUAACUAAAGGGCAAUAUCCAAUAUUUAAUAAAUAUCCAAAGUUUGUUAUUGAUUAUCAAAGUAAAGAGCGAGAGAGGAUCUGGCAUGAGGAAUUGGAAUAUUUAAAAGAAAGGCAAUUGGCACAUGGGCUGCAAGCUGAAAGUGUGAAGAGGCAGGCUGAGAAUGCAGCCUGGUACCGGCAACAGCAGCUACUCCAGGAAGCUGAGGAGCAAAGGAGAAAGAUUCUACAUGAAGAGGAACAAAAACUUGUAGAACAGAGAGUGAGACUUGCUGCUAUGAAACGUGAAUUGAAGGUAAAAGAACUUCAAAUCUUGGAUGCAGCACACAGGCGUUUCCUGAAACAUCAGCAAGACCAACAGAAAUCUGAAUUAAGAAGACUUGAUGAUGAAAUAGACAGGAAGGUUGCUCUCCGAAGCAGGGAAACUGCUGCAUUAAUUCAGGACAUUGAGGUCAGAAAUUUGGAACUAGAGAUGCAGAAAAAAAUAUUUGAGCAACAACUUGCCAAGGACCAGGAGGCUGUGACGCGAGAUGUGAAAGGACACUUGAACACCAAUUGGAUCCAGGCAGAUGUUGAAGAACAGAAGUUUAAGAGGAUGCUGGAAACAGACCAAUAUACUGAUGUUCUGGAUUGUAAGAACGAUGAAGAGCCAGCUGAAAUUGAUCAGCUGUCACCCAGUCUAGGCUGGCAAGCACAGAUGCUGGAGAAACAAAGGGUCUACAAUUUGGAUCAGGAAAAAUACCAAGCAGAGUUAGCACGGCUUGCCAAUGAAAAUAAAGAAAGGGAGAUCAAGCUGUUGCAAGCAAAGAAGGAUGUUGAAGGCAAAAAGUGGAAUGAGGUUGUCGAAAGACAUGCUCAGCUAAAAGUAUCUCAAGACAAAGCAGCUGCUGGUGCUCAUAUACCCUCAUUGUUAUCAGAUGAAACUAGUCAAGCAAUGGAACCUGAUGGCAAUCAACACAAACAUUUAUUUGAGAGGCUUUAUGACACAAGAACUGGAUGUCCAACAAAGCAAGGAAUCGAUCUGUUACAAGGCAGUGGAGAACAAAUACCUGGCAGCCUUUGUUUGAACAAUGUAUCAUUAAAUUCCUCUGUUCAACUGUCUUUAGACAGAGGAAGAACUGACCUGGAAAACAAGGAGCGUGAAUUAAUGACCGGAAUACGAGAAUUAAGACAAAAGCUUACAACACGGGCUCGUCAGCAACAUUCAACAAACUCUCUGACAUAGGGGAUGACAUAUAAUCACUGUUAAAUAACCUUUCAGUUAAAUCAAAAUCUACUAGUGCUUAACUUUUGGUGCAGUACUUUAUAUUGAUUACUCUUCAAUUUUGAUCAGAUUACAAUGGAAUCAACGUUUAAUAUUGUAGUUAUGUACAGAGUGUUUAAGAUGUGCAUAUCAUGAUAUUAUUCUAUUUUUUAAAAUGCUACUAUUGUACAGAAUUGGCAAUAAAACCACAGGUAAUUUUUAACGUAA